AUAUAUAUAUAACUUUUUGCAUUUAAUAUUAAUUUUAUUAUUUUAAUAAUAAUUUUAUAUAUUGAUAUCAAAGAAAUUAAAAAAUGGAGGAAGAAGAAGGUAUUAGAGAUAAUAAGAAUAAUAAAAAUAUCACAAAAGAUGGUUCAGUUGAUUGCUAUCGAAAACCAGCUCUAAAAGAGACUAGUGGUACAUGGAGAUGUGGAAUUUUGCUUCUAGUGAAUCAAGGACUGGUCAUAUUGGGAUUUUCAGGUGUUGAAGUGAACUUGGUUGUGUUCUCAAAAUCAGUUUUGAGGUACUCUCAUGCUGAGGCUGCACACACAUUUACCACAUGGAUGGGAACAGUCUAUCUCUUCUCAUUAAUUGGUGCUUUUCUUAGUGACUCUUACUUGGGAAGAUACCUAACUUGUCUCAUCUUUCAAGUCAUUUACAUUAUUGGUUUAAUAGCAUUGUCCUUAUCAACACACAUAUUUCUACUCACUCCUCAAGGUUGUGGAAAGAUUGGUGAGCCAUGUGAGGCUCACAAACCAUUCCAAAUAGCAUUAUUCUACACAUCAAUAUACCUAAUUGCCUUAGGAAAUGGGGCAGCUGAGGCUGCACUUGCUGCAUUUGGAGCUGACCAAUUUGAUGAGGAAGAUCCAAAGGAAAGACACUCCAAAGCUUCAUUCUUUACCUACUUUUACUUGGCUCUAAACCUCGGUGCCCUAGCCGCCGAGACGAUUUUGGUUUACAUCGAGGACAUGGGGCAAUGGGUGUUGGCUUUUCGGAUUUGUACUUUAUCUUCCAUUGUUGCUUAUGGUUUUCUCUUAAGUGGGAAUUUGAGGUAUAGGCGUUUUAAGCCUUGUGGGAAUCCCAUCUCUAGGUUUUCUCAAGUUAUUGUUGCCUCUUUUAGAAAAUUUAAUCUCAAGAUGCCCUUGAAUGGUGAUCAAGAGCUUUAUGAAGUUGAUUUGAAAGAGAGUGAAAGAAAUGGAAUGAGGAGGAUUCUUCAUAGUAAUGGCUUCAAGUUUCUUGACCGGGCUGCAAUCAUUAUGACAGAAGAUAUGAAACUAAUCACAACAACAACCGAAGGCAAAAGCACACAAAAUCCAUGGCAUGUUUGUACUGUCACUCAAGUUGAAGAAGUAAAAUGUGUGUUAAGAUUAUUACCAAUAUGGCUUUGCACAAUCUUCUCCUCUGUAGUUUUUGUUCAAAUGCUUUCGCUUUUCAUUGAACAAGGCGCAGUUAUGAACCAAAGAGUCUUCAGCUUCGAUAUCCCUCCUGCAAGCAUGACUGUAUGUGAUUUCAUCUUCACAUCGCUCUUCAUCAUACUAUACGAGAGACUCGUAUUCCCUUUGCAUGUUAAAGUAACAAAACGCGAGCCAAAGCUUCCGAGUGCCUUAGAGAGGAUAGGAAUAGGGCUCGCUAUUGCCUCACUAGCCAUGUUGGUAGCUGGAUUCGUCGAGCAACAAAGGAGGAAAUUCGCCAUUGGUUCCCUCAAACAGGAGACUAGCUCUUUGAGCAUUUUGUGGCAAAUUCCGCAGUACUUUCUAGUGGGAGCUUCGGACGCGUUUGUCUAUGUGGCUCGGAUGGAAUUUUUUGCUUCACAAGCACCCGACGGGUUAAAGAGCUUGGGAAUAGGGUUGUCGUUGUCUGCUUCGGCCAUGGGGAGCUACGGUGCUAGCGCUAUUUUAAGUAUCGUGAUGAGGAUUACAUCUUCGAGUGAUGGGAAGAAACCCGGUUGGGUUCCUCCUAACCUAAAUGAUGGCCAUUUGGAUUGGUUUUACUUCUUAUCAGCUGCUUUGGCUGCACUCAAUUUUGGAUUAUUUGUUGUUUGUGCUAAGCAUUAUAAGCCUAUAUCUUUUGAGGAAAGAGAUGGAGAAACUGAAAUGAGAGUUUUAGAUUCAACUUAGAUAAUCUUCUAAAGCUACCUUGAUUGCCUUUAGAAAUUGUUGAUUAGUAUUAAAAAGUUCAAAUUAGAGAAAAUGACAUUCUAAAUGAUCAAAAUCAAUUCAAGAAGACAGUGAAUGAAAACCUGUUUAACAAAGUUUUGAAAUUUAGAAGUGUUCUGAUGAAAUUUCAGAAAUAUUUAGUAAAUGUUUAAAUAAAAUAUCAAAAAUUUCCUACUACUUAAUCCAUUUUCUAAUAAUAGACUCUCUCUAUUUAUUACAUCAAAACACAUUUAUAUAAUUUAAAUAUUAAGUUUGAGUGAACUAUCGAAACAGAGCAACUAAAAAGCCUUAAACGAAUCCAAAUUAUGUCAUACCCGGGUUCGUCUGGUCCUUUGAAAAGUUUGUCCGGUGCUUUGAAAAGUUUGCUUCGCCAUCAACUUUACCUUCAGUGGCUCGGAAAUGGGGAAACCUUGUGCCUCCAUCAACUGCCCCAUCCUACGAGCCUGUUGCUGAAAGCCGCCAGCCACAAGUCCAUCUAUGAUCCUCUCGAACUCACCCUGACCCAAUUCUUCCUUUCUAGCCUCGAGAACCCCCAAAGCUUGUAGAGCCUUUUUCUCAAUUCCAGCCUUUGAAUACAUAUCACAAAGGCUUACAUGAAGUUUAAGCGGAGGAGCUUCACCCAGCUCGGAAAUUUUGGCCACCACUUGCUCGGCCUCCUCAACUAGUUUUAGUUUUCCUAACCAAUCCACAAGAACAGUGUAAGUAGCUACUCCCGGUUCGAAACCAUCCUUCUCGAGCUGCAACAAAAGUUCCAAGGCUAGACCCAAUUGGUUCUUCACUUGAUAAGCUGAAAUCAUGUUUCCAGUGCACUCGUCGUCUGGCAUUUCACCAAGUUUUCUUAAGUGGUCAAAGUAGUUCCUUGCAUUAACAGAUUCGCCAGCUUUCCCAUAUGCCUCGACAAGCAAUUUACAAGUCUCGGCAUUUACUUGGUACCCAGCACACAGCAAGGAACUGGAAAUAUUUAAGGCUCCAAUGCAAUCUCCUUUAUGGGAAAAUGAUCGAAACACAGCCAUGUACAUCUCCUCUGUGGGAUUGAUAUUGCUCGCUUCCAUAUCCCUCACUAUUUUAUGCGCUUUUCCAGGUUGCUUGGCAUUGACAUAAGCCAUGAUCAUGGAAUUGUAAAGAUUAAAGUCUAGUUGGAAACCUUGGGCCCUCAAACUUUCGUACGCUUCUUCUGCACGUUCAAGAUUUCCAACCUUGCUGUACAUGUGAACCAAAACAGUGGCAGUCAAAAUAUCAGGCAUGAUACCAUUUUCAGUCAUCUUUUUGAGGAUUCUCUCUGCAUCUUCCAAACGGUUCUCUUUAGCAUGAGCAUCGAUAAGCUUUGAGUAAUCACGAAUAUUUGCUUGGAAAGACUUCUCGCUUAAUAAAAGUUCUGCUACCU